UGAUUUUAAGUGUUCUAUGGGUAUUAUCUCUGGUAUAGGCGUGAUAUUAUAGGUUAACUUACUUCAUUUCCAUAAUGAUCAACAAGGGAUGUUUUGGGAUCAUUUAAAUUCAGAGAUUUAUUACUACACAAAAUGUCAAUACACUGGAUAAACAUCACUCCCAGGCUGCAACAGGGUGUAGCUUUAAUCAAUUCCUUAAACCAAAGUAGAUUUACUCUUCUUAUAAAACGUAUCAUCCAGUCGGAAAACGAAAUUUUUACAGAGGCUGAAUUGACGAAGCUUUCAGAAUCAUUAAAACUGGAUAGUGCAAACUUACAAUUGUUGCUGCAGAGUAUUGUUCACAUUUUCAAACAAUCUCUGAAAAUAAUCCUGAAACCCACAGCUUUACAAGAACAGUUAAUUGAAAAACUCAAGUUCACUGAAGAGAAGGCGGAUGAUUUUGUGAGGUUAUGGACAGAAGAAACAAAGAGAAAUUUUGAUGUGGAAAAUUCUAAGAAUUUAGAUAACGUUUCGUGGGAGCUGAAUGUCGAAAGUGCUUGUUCUUUUUAUAAUAAGGAACAACAUAUUAACGCCAGGUUGCAAAUGAGUCUGUUAAGUGUGGAUGGUGAAGACAAGGAACAUGUGACAUUGGAGUUGGAUGAAAAUGAAUUAGAAAAUUUGUAUGCCACAUUAGAGAAAAUUCAAAAUAAGUUGGAUAGCAUUUAACAUGUAUUUUAUUAAUCCAGCUAUCCAUAUAAGGAUAGAGGAAUUUUGUUGUAUGGUCAUACUACUGCCUAUAAUGUGUAUAAUAUUAAAUAGUUUACACCACAUGAAA